UUUUGGCCCAAGCUUUCUGACAUUCUACGGAAGCCCAAAAGAGUUUCUGAAUUCAGCUGACUAUCUUCGGAAACACAGGACUGAGGCGGAUUGCAAGCCACCUUCCAGUGUGGUGCAUUUUGUGGCUUCCAAGUCCCAUCCUUCAACUGAAUCAACCCAUGUUGGGCUGAAACCAUACUUCUUGACUGCAUGGCCAAGACUGGAUUUCCACACAUUUAUCAACCUGCCCAAUACAAGACCGAGAUCAAGAAAGAGGAAGGGACCACAUAUCAGGGAAGAGCUCUUGUGGAGCUGCGGACGGUCAUGGAGGCAAUCCCAAUUCUUAAAAUCGAUGACAUCCCUGAAGGAACUGUUAAAAAGAUGCAGCAUUUCUUGCCCCAGUUCCGAUACGGUCUGUGCGUUGUCUUUUACUCGGCUACCAUGUUGGAUGAUAUUAUGGAGCAGAUCCAGUUUGAGGUCAGCCUAGGGAACUAUGGGAACAAAUUUGAUGAGACAUGCAAACCAUUUGCCUCCACCACUCAGUACAGCCAUGCUGUCUAUGACGGGGACUACUACUAUUACCUACCGUGGUAUGACACUAAACCCAUGGUGACCAUCACCUCAUUCUGGGAGGAUGUUGGCUACCGUAUUGCCUGCACAAAUACCCUCCAGUUCAUUCAUGGGAGGCUGAAAAAGAAUCUGGAUACUCUUAAAACCAUCAGCCUGCCCCAUGACCCACUUGUGGGUAUUGUUUGGAAGAAGCUCCAGAAAGAGUUGGUUGAAGACUGCAAGAAGCCCCUACCUGGCUUGAACAACCAGAAAGCUGUGACUGUCCUGGAUCAACAGCUGUGGAAACUGCGUGUCCGGGUGCUCCAGCAAAUCAGCAAGGCUGCAGAGAAAACCAGCUGGAAGACCCCCUUGCAGAAACUCAUCCCUAAAGCAGAGGGUUGGCUGAAUCAGCUUGCCUCAAUUACAUCUGAGGCUCAGAUAAGCAUCCCAGAUGUGGUGAUCUGGAUGCUGUGGGAUGAAAAGCGGGUUGCCUAUGCCCGGGUGAAGUCCCAGUCAAUCAUGUUCUCCAAAGCUGGCCCCUAUGCCAAAGGCAGGCUGUGUGGCAAAACGCAUACCAUCUUCCUACAGGAUGUGCAAAGCAAAGGGAAUGACAACUCCAUCCCCGCCAUGCUCCGGGUUCGAAUGUGGAUGGGGCGGAUGACUGACAGCGCAGACUUCAUGAAAUGCUGUGAAGGGAGGAUCGCCGUCUAUGCCGAAACGUAUGAAAACCAAAAGAAGACACACGGAAUAUGGGGAACCAUGGACCUGAUGCCGCACCCCAACUUUUCAGAUGUGACCGGAAAGGUCAGCCUCCCCAAAGACAAGUUCCAGCUACCCACAGGUUGGAAAUGGGACGGCGAAUGGGCUGUAGAUCCCCAAAGGAGGCUCUUGUUGGACAAAGAGACCAACUAUUCCGAAGUGCUGGAGGAAGUUUACGAGAACCAGAGUCGACAACCUGGCCAUCGAUGGAAACCAGCCACAAUCCCUUACAGCAAUGCGAGUGGUGCUCCUACUCCCCGGAAAGAAGAAAUUUUGUGUCCUCCUGGCUGGCUCUUCAUGGAAGAAUGGAAAGUGGAGGUGAACCGGGCUGUGGAUGAUUCAGGGUGGGAGUAUGGCAUUGCCAUCCCACCUGCUGACUUUCCCUGCUUCUGGAACGCGGCUGAGAAGACCUACCACACACACCGGCGUCGGCGUUGGCUCAGGAAGCGCUCUCGGAACCUUGGCAGGGAGACUCAAGAAGUUCAGAUGGCCUCCUUUCUUCAGCUGCACUCAGACGUCAAGGUGAAAGAAGAGGUCUGGGAAUAUGCUCCUCUUUACGGGUGGCGAUUCCAUCUCCAGAGGCAAUCCGAUGACGUCUUUCGGCGGCGCUGUUGGCGCAGGAAGCUUGCUCCCAUGGCACCCAGCCACAUGGCACCCAUUUUCUUCUUGGAGGGCUCCCUGGGAGUGGAGGUUGGUGGCCGACAGAAAAAGAAAAAAUUUGAAGCAGGAAAGAAAGACGAAAAAGAGGAGGUUGAACUAGAACCCCCUGCUUCCCAAGGUCUCUUGAAGAAGAACACUCCCCUUCUCUUCUGCGUCUUCAAGAACCCAGUGUAUUUCCAGUUGCGCUGCUACAUGUACCAAGCCAGGGACCUCAUGGGAAGCACUGUGAAAGGGACUGCAGAUCCUUUGGCUCAUGUCUCUUUCCUUCAUGUGAGCCACCACACCCACGUUAUCAAUGGCACGCUGCACCCAUGCUGGGACGAGACCCUUCUCUUUGAAGACGUUUUGAUUUAUGGAGAUCCUCAAGGGACUGAGCAGGACCCCCCCAUUGUGGCAGUGGAGAUCUUUGACUAUGAUUCAAGUGGCCAAUAUGAUGAUUUUAUGGGAAGAUGCAUAUGUAUUCCAAAUGUGUGCCUGGAUCUCGAUUUACGAACGAUACCCCGUCUCCAGAGGUAUUCUAUCACCGAAGGGGAAGAGGAGAAUGGUUACCUCCUAGCUGCUUUUGAGCUUCUCUUGGACAAGAAGGAUGGAUCCCUGGGAAAACAUCCACCUCCUGCUUGGAAAGAUGGUCUUUAUACAAUCCCCAAAGGAAUCCGACCCAUUUUGCGACUGAUGGCUGUGGAGAUUCUUGCCUGGGGUCUUCGAGACAUGAAGAAUUACAAUCUGAUGGUUGUCAACAAUCCUAGCCUCAUCAUAGAGUGUGGAGGAGAGUCCAUUCAGACAACAACCAUCAGGAACUUCCAAGAAUACCCAAAUUUUUCACUUAACAUCUAUCUCAUGAAAGUGUACCUGCCGGUUGAUGAAGAUUAUUCCCCUCCCAUUGAGAUGAAGGUGAUUGAUCACCGAGAUUUUGGAUAUAAGCCAAUGGUGGGUCAUGCAACUAUCAGAUCUCUGAGUCAAUACUACUGCAAUCCACUGGAAGAAAGCAAAGUCCACAGUCUACCUCCCCGAGUCACUAAAAAGGUGAAGACAAAAAAGCGGCUGGCCAUCUUCAAAUUAUGGUCAUGGAGGAAGCCAAAAGAGAAGAAGACAGAAGAGGAGGAGGAAGAAGAAGAAGAAGAAACUGAUUGGUGGAGCAAAUACUAUGUGACAAUGGGAGAUUUGUCAAAGAGUGGGCAUUACCUGGAGAAGGGCUUUGAUAGCAUGAAGAUCUAUAACUGUAAGCUGGAAGAAGUUCCCGAAUUCCAAGGUUUCCAGGAUUUCUGUCAGACUUUUCGGCUGUACCGAGGAAAAGUCCAAGAUGAUGACCCUGUGGUGGGGGGCGAAUUUAAGGGGCUUUUCCGGAUCUAUCCUUUGCCAGAAGACCCCAAGAUUCCACCUCCACCACGUCAGUUCCAGGAGCUUCCUGACAACGUCUCCCAGGACUGUCUGGUCCGGGUUUAUAUUAUACGAGCUUUUAACCUCCAGCCAAAAGACCUCAAUGGAUUGUGCGACCCCUUCGUCAGGAUCAAGCUAGGGAAAGAAAGGGUGAAUGACAGAGAAGAGUAUAUUCCCAACACCCUGGACCCUGUGUUUGGAAGAAUAUAUGAACUCACAUGCUCCAUCCCACUAGAAAAGGACUUGAAGAUCUCGUUAUAUGACUUUGACCUCUUUUCACCUGAUGACCUAAUUGGGGACACCACCGUGGACCUGGAGAACCGACUCUUGUCCCAUUAUGGGGCCAACUGUGGGCUGCCACAGACUUACUGUGUGGCUGGCCCCACCCAGUGGAGAGAUCAGCUUCUUCCAAGUGAACUGUUGGAAAAUUAUUCUCAGGCCACAAACUUGCCUCAGUCAGAGAUAAGUGAAGAUGGAAGCACAGCCAUUUUUAUGGGUAGAACUUAUCACCUCUCCGACUUUGAGACCAAAGUACCUUCCCAUGGAUUCCUGGGACCUGCAAAAGAACGUAUGGCACUCUACCUUCUCCGGACAUGUGGACUGGUCCCUGAACACAUAGAAACUCGGACCCUCUACAGCUCAGCUCUACCUGGAAUUGACCAAGGUAAAGUGCAGAUGUGGGUGGACAUCUUCCCACUAUCCUUGGGUGACCCAGGACCUCCUUUUGAUAUCACCCCACGAAAGCCCAAAAAAUAUGAACUUCGCUGCAUCAUUUGGAAUACAAAAGAUGUGGAUCUAGAAGACACCAAUAUCUUUGGAGACAAGAUGAGUGACAUCUAUGUGAAAGGAUGGCUGGAUGGCCUGGAAGAGGACAAGCAGAGAACAGAUGUCCAUUAUAGGUCCCUGGCAGGAGAAGGCAACUUCAACUGGCGAUUUAUAUUCACUCUGGAUUACUUGCCCAUGGAGCAAGUCUGUGUCCUCACCAAGAAG